AUGUACGAACACUCUUCGCCUUUGAACCUCACCGGAGAAAAUGAAGUCGGUCCCCGUCCUGAUGCCGCCUCCUUAGAUGUUCACCAUGACAUUGAUUACGAAACAAACGAAGAUGGCAGCGGUGACGGUGGUGCUGCCAUCAUGUAUAACCACUGCGAUGCAAACAACUCUGAGUUGCCUCUUCAACCUAUUGAUAAUGACAAUUCUGAUCAGCUUUCUCUGUCUUUCCGUGGUCAAGUCUAUGUCUUUGAAUCUGUCACUCCUGAUAAGGUUCAAGCGGUGUUGUUACUGUUGGGUGGAUCUGAACUGCCUCAAGCGGGUACACGAUAUGUGGAUGCCGUGCCUCAACAAACUCAGAGGGUAUCAAUGGAAUUUCCUACUAGAUACAGUCACCAACGGCGAGCAGCCUCAUUAAUCAGGUUCAGGCAGAAGAGGAAAGAUAGAUGCUUUGAUAAGAAAGUUCGAUAUGAUGUACGUCAAGAAGUUGCACUCAGGAUGAAGCGAAACAAGGGUCAAUUUACUUCGGAUAAGGAACAAAAUGAAGCCAAUAGUCCCACAGACCAGGAUUCCGGGUAUGAUGGAAGUCAAUCAGAAACCUCUAGCUGCACACAUUGUGGCAUAAGCUCAAAAUUGACUCCUAUGAUGCGGCGAGGGCCAUCUGGUCCAAGAUCGCUUUGCAAUGCUUGUGGGCUAUUCUGGGCAAAUAAGGGUACUUUGAGAGAACUUUCCAGGAGACAUCAAGAAUCAUCUAUUGUAUCAGCCGAACAGGUUGAUCAACAUAAUAUCUCAGACUAUGGAACAGCAUCUGUCCCCACACAUAACAAUCUUGCCGUUUUCUGUGGUAAUGAUAACCAAGCUUUGGCAGCUGAUCGUUGA